GUUGGCGAUCGCGAUGGCGGAUGCUGAUCGCGAUGGCGGUUAGUUCAAGGACGCUGCGGUGACGGUUGCUGCUGUCCUGUUACGGCAUGGCCGUACAGUUCCGCUGCCGAGCGCGGUUUGGCGAGCGCUGGACUUCGGCGGCGUGGGCGUUGCGGCCGGAUCGAAACGGUAGCUGGUCCCCGGUAGUUCGGGCCGUCUGUGACGAGCGUGGCGGUGGAUGCAGAGCUGGUCACGGGAUAGAAGUUAGGCUUCGCACUGGGCAGCUCCUCCAGCAAACGUCGUCGUCGUCGUCGCUCGUUCGUUGUGUCAGAAGAGAUUCGCGAAAAAAAAGUUUGCUGCCGUCGUCGAGUUCCGAGGUUCCGCGAGUAGUUAAAAUGGCUGGUUUGGUUCAGGACUGUUUCUCGAUCGGGAGCACCGUGGCCUGCACGACCUGCUACAACCAGAACAUCGAGGGCGAGGUGCUGGCGUUUGACCAGCAGACCAAAAUGCUCAUCCUGAAAUGUUCAUCCGCCAGUAACACUUCAAAAUUGAACGACGUUUACAUUGUGAACCUGGCGCUCUGCAGCGAUGUUCAGGUCGUCCAGGAAGUGAACUCCAUACCCGAUCCGCCACAGUCGUUGAACUUGCAGCGCCUCAGCACACGGGUCCGGAACCAGGUUGAGCAAAAGAAGCGACAAGUGUCCGCACUAGCCGCCGGAGUUAGCCAGGAGGGGCAGAAUCUGUUUCUGGCCAUCGCUAGAACGAUUAACCAGGUGUCGUGGAAUGGACCGAACAUUGUCGUGUUCCAAGACGUGACCAUUUCACCCCCCUACAAAGUUGAUAACGUGAACGGAUCUCCCGACUCUAGGCAGCUCACCUACGUGAAGAAGAUUGUUGAAAAACACGUAAAUGAUCAAGCAACAGCAAACUCGAAUGUGCCACAACAGGCGGCGGCGACAGUGAAUGCCAAAUAGUGACCGGGAAUCGGUGGCGCGCGCAAGGACAGGGGUAAUAGGAACGUUUAACUAGAAAAAGGCCGAUCGCAAAAA